GCCAGGGAGGAAGAGGAGGAGGCGGGGCAGGGGGCGAUGGUUGCCUGGCGAGCGAGGCUGGCGCGGUGCUGGUGUUGGGAGGGCUGCGGGGUCGCUCUUCCAGGUCCCCGCUGCCAGGGGCUGGGCCGGUACGGGGGCCGCGCCGCCUCGCUCGCACCUUUGCAGGCCACCUUCUGAGACCUUGAGCUGGGCCCAAUCUGGCGCUCCCUUCCCUCCCUGCCCGAACCCUAGCUCCUGUUAUCCGCCCCGCUCGCAGCCCAGCGGGUCCAGACCCCUUGUCCCCGUCCCCACCGCGGCCACAGCCCGUUGAGCGUCAGCCCUCCUGACUUCCCCUCUCAGGCAGGCCUGCCAACUCCUCCAGCCGCCGCUCUUCCUCUGUCUGGUCCUUGGAGGUGGUUGGUUACCAUGGUGAAGCUGGCAGCCAAAUGCAUCCUGGCAGGAGACUCAACGGUGGGCAAGACGGCCCUGGCGCAGCUCUUCCGCAGCGACGGAGCCCACUUCCAGAAGAACUACACCCUGACAACAGGGGUGGACUUGGUGGUGAAGACGGUGCCAGUCCCUGACACGGGGGACAGUGUGGAACUCUUCAUUUUUGACUCUGCCGGCAAGGAGCUGUUUUCUGAAAUGCUGGACAAAUUGUGGGAGAGCCCCAACGUCUUGUGUCUCGUCUACGACGUGACCAAUGAGCAGUCCUUCCACAACUGCAGCAAGUGGCUGGAGAAGGCUCGGGCGCAGAUCCCGAGCACCUGCCUCCCAGGUGUGUUAGUGGGGAAUAAGACAGACCUGGCCGGCAGACGAGUGGUGGAAUCAGCACGGGCCCGGGCCUGGGCGCUGGGCCAAGGCCUGGAAUGUUUUGAAACAUCCGUGGCACCUUCACACUGUGUCAUGAUUCUGGCUGUCUGGCGCUGGUGGCCCCUUCGUGUGUUGGGAGUUUUGAGGUCGCAGCCGGAAUGCAGGCGUGUGACCCAGGCUGCACCAGUUGGAUACACUUGUGUGAGACUCCACCCCUGCAGGAGCAGCCCAGAAACAUCCAUUUCAGCGCCAGCAGGGCCCAGGCGCAGGCUGCAGUGCCCUCCCCCAGAGCUGUUGAGACCUGCCAGGCCUGGCACAGCCAGAGGCAUCGGUGGUUGUAACUUGGACCUCGCUCCUGGCCUUGUGGCCUGUGGACCUGAUUCUUUGGCCCUCUAGGAGAGUCAGUGGGCUGGUUACUAAAUAGCCUGGUGCUCAUUUUCUGCUCGAACUCUACUGAAGCUACAGGCGCUUCUGUUGCAUCUAUGAAACUGGACAAAUGCUGCUGUUCAAUAGCUGUAUGGACGUGAACUUCUUAAAUCCCCCCAAAGCCGUGUGCUUCCUUAAGGGAAGCGUGGCGGGUGGAGGCAGGUGCCCUGGCCUCGGGCGUGAGCAGCAGGGCUGGCUGUGGGGCUCUCGGCACCUUACCGAACCCAUCGGUGCCUCAGGCUCCUCGCCUGCCAAAUGGAGGCGAGAAAACACACCCCUCAUUGAGUAACAAAUAUGAGAGUUAAGGCGGAUGGCGAAUAUAAAAACACUUAGCGCAAAGUCUAGUGCGUAGUAAACACUCAAUAAAUGUUAGCUUUUUAAGUAUAAAUGUUCCCUUAGUUGUCUUGUUUAUACCGUUAUUACUUACUAAAUCCUCGUAUUCCCGUCGUAGAUUGUACAAAGAUAAGCAUCGCUCUUGCCUCUGGCCCAGUUAUCACAAAUGCUAAAUUAAUGAAGUUCAAAUUAGGGAGCUUUCACCGGAUGGAGGGUUCUCGGCUUCGAGCAGAGCGGGCAGCCCUGCUCCCCACGUCAAACGGCAUUUUCGUAUUCCCUCUUCCUCCAUUCACAUUUGUGAAAUUGCCUCCUCACCCCAAUCGCUCAUUUUCCCCGGAACUCUUGAUGGAACUCAAAAAUUAACACCCACCCCCAGCACAUUAGUCACCAAAGGCCACAGGGCGUUGUGAUUAAGCUCCGCUCAGGUGUGAGUUGCUACGCUGUGGAAGCAGGUGGGUAUAAAUUAUGCGUGAGGAGGCUGCAGUUAAGCGCUUGGUGUUAACUGUACAAGUUAACUAGUCCCCCCUGAGCUGAUGCGGACAGAGGCACCACCGGCAGCUCGGUUAAGAAAGCUGUAAUUAAAAAGGAAAUAUAACCAAAUGCUGUUUGAGACGCAGCCAAGUCUUGACACCAAGCUCAUAUCCUCCCUCUUAGGAAAUGCAACAGCAGUCGGCCUGCAGGCCGAAAGGAGGCGCCUACGUGUUUGUUCGACUUUGUUUAUUUUUAAUUCCAUCCCCAGAAUUUAUUCAUCUUAAAACUGGAACUUUGUACCCUUUGACCGCCUUCACCCAUUCCUCCCAUCCCUACCAACCGUGGCCGCCACCAGUCUGCUCUCUGUUUCCAGGAGUUCAGUUUUCUCAUAUUCCACUUUUCAGUAAAAUCAUACAGUAUUUGUCUUUCUCUGACUUAUUUCACUUAUCAUAAUGCCCUCAAGGUCCAUCCGUGUUGUCACAAAUAGCAGGACUUCCUUCUUUUUUAUGGCUGAAUAAUAUUCCCGUGUGUGUCUGUACGUGCGUGCACCACAUUUUCUUCAUCCGUUUGUCUGUCAGCAGACGCUUAGGUUGUUUCUGUGUCUUGGCUGUUGUGAAAAACGCU